UCUCUCCUCGCAACAGCCGGCCUCUGAAGGGAAGGAAGAGGCGGGCGGGGGAGGCAGCAUGGCGGCCGUAGCCACGGCGCUAGAGUCGGUCUCCAGCAGCAGCAGCAGCAGCAGCAGCACUAGCAGCGUCGCCCUGGAGGGAGGAGGAGGAGGAGGCGGGAGCAGCAGCAAUAGCAGCCGCCACGAGAAGAGCCUGGGCCUCCUGACGGCCAAGUUCGUGUCUCUGCUGCAGGAGGCCAAGGACGGCGUGCUCGACCUCAAGGCGGCUGCUGAUACACUUGCUGUAAGACAGAAGAGGCGGAUCUAUGAUAUCACCAAUGUUUUGGAAGGGAUAGAUCUCAUUGAAAAAAAGUCAAAAAACAGCAUCCAGUGGAAAGGUGUGGGUGCUGGCUGUAAUACAAAAGAGAUUGUGGACAGGUUGAGAUACCUUGAAGCAGAAAUUGAAGAUCUAGAACUAAAAGAAAAAGAGUUAGAUCAGCAGAAAUUGUGGUUACAGCAAAGCAUAAAAAAUGUUAAGGAAGAUUCUACAAAUAAACAUUUUUCAUACAUCACCCAUGAAGACAUUUGUGAUUGCUUCAAUGGGGAUACACUGCUAGCAAUUCAGGCACCUUCUGGCACACAACUGGAAGUUCCUGUACCUCAUGUGGGACAAAAGAAAUACCAGAUCAAUCUAAAGAGUAAUUCAGGGCCUAUUCAUGUAUUGCUCAUAAAUAAAGAGUCCACUUCCUCCAGGCCAGUGGUUUUUCCUGUACCUCCACCAGAUGACCUCCUACAUCCUCCAUCUCAACCUACUGUUCCAUUGACUCCCUCUAAAACUAAUGCAGAGCCUCAGAUAUCACAAGUAUCUGGAGCCUCCAAUCAGGAACAAUCCCUGUUACAGACACCAGUCAGAGAUAUGCCAACAGACAUCAGUCUACAAGACAUCCCAACUCCAGAGACUCUCUAUGCCAGCAUUCCAGAUUCUGAGCUGUAUGACAGCCUUGUGACAGAAACCACACCUAGCUCAAAUACCUGCCAGCCAUUAAUUCCGCUGGAUGUUAAUAGUAUUCUCAAACCAAACACAUUUGACAUAGCAAAGAUGGAUGAGCCUGGAGGCAUAAUUAACAGUGAUAUAAUUGAUGAACUGAUGUCUUCUGAUGUUUUUCCUCUCUUAAGGCUUUCUCCUACUCCUGGAGAUGACUACAACUUCAACCUGGAUGAUAAUGAAGGAGUUUGUGAUCUCUUUGAUGUGCAGAUACUGAACUAUUAAGAUUUGAAGCAGCCAGAUUGCCUCAUCUACCUCUAACUAUGUAAUAUUGUACACUUAAUUUCAUAAUGCAAGUAGUGUAUUUAAAAUAAUUAAUGUAAAACUUCUGUAAUUCAACACUGGGUGUACAUAUUUCUCUUAUUGUGAACAAAUGGUACACCUAGAAAAACAAACAUGGCCUUUUAAUACAAAGGGUGGGGUGGCAUUGAGUUGUUACAGGAUCUUAAUACAGUUGCAGUACAAUACGGUAUUGUACUUUACUGACCACAAAUUUCCAAGGUUUCUGAAUUCUCCCAUCUAUGCUUUAAUAAUAAUAUCCAAACAUCCCAGUUCAGAAAGGUUGCUGCAUUCAUUCAAAUCUUGUCCCAUGAGAACACUCUUUCUAAAACAUUGGACUUGUGUCUGAAAUGUCCACUGCCAAUUGUAAAAUGAAGGGCAUUUAUUAAAGACUGCUCCAUUUUCGUCAGUGAAAACCAACAUUUUUGUGGAGUGCCUUUUUAAACAGCACUUUAAGUUUCUUUUUUCCUUUUUUACACUUGGACAUUCCAUGUUCCUAGAUUUAGGAAAGCACUUUUUGUAAUAAGGAGUGCCAAUGCUUGUACAUUAACAAGAUCUUUAAAAUAAAAAAAUAUACAAAGA